CUGUUUAGCCCUUUUUAUGCUUACCAAAGCAGCUCCAAGGGCAAGGAACUAAAGAAACAUACACGAGUGCAAGACGGCGAGGAGUUGUGGCCCAUGGAAGCACGGUUUUGAGUCGUCAACAGGCAAAUAGACGUCUGUUUUUUUAAACUUACAGUGUUCGUAAAGCGCGAGUGCGUACAAAUCGUCUUUCUCUUGAAUUGAAUAAGUGAAAAAAAAAAGAAAAAAGUCUUUGUUUGAGAAGAUGAAUAAAGCCACGACUGCCACAGUUGCAGCCGAAACUAAUGGAGAUGCAUCCAAGACAAAUGGAGCCAAUAAACGACUUUCAGUGGAAAGAAUUUAUCAAAAGAAAAGUCAGCUUGAACACAUCCUGCUUAGACCUGAUACCUACAUUGGAUCGGUGGAGCCUGUUAAAGAAGUGAUGUGGGUGUAUGAAGAAGAGGCUGGAAUGGUGCAGAGGGAAAUCACUUAUGUACCUGGUCUGUACAAGAUAUUUGAUGAAAUUCUUGUCAAUGCUGCUGAUAACAAAGUUCGGGAUUCAACUAUGGAUAUGAUUAAAGUGGACAUUGAUCCGGUACGAAAUGUCAUCUCAAUUUACAACAAUGGAAAAGGCAUCCCAGUUGUAGAACACAAAGAAGAGAAGAUGUAUGUUCCCUCUUUGAUCUUUGGCCAUUUGCUCACUUCAUCUAAUUACAAUGAUGAGGAAGAAAAAGUUACUGGUGGUCGCAACGGUUAUGGUGCAAAAUUAUGCAACAUCUUCAGUACUUCAUUUGAGUUACAAACAGCUUCUAAAGAAGAAAGGAAAAAGUUUACACAGACCUGGACAAAUAACAUGACCAAAGCUGGAGCCCCCAAGAUUAUAUCCUAUUCUGAUGCAGAUUUCACUAAAAUCACUUUCUCUCCUGAUUUAGAAAAAUUCAAAAUGCCUACUCUCGAUCAAGAUACGGUAGCUUUGCUAUCUCGCCGUGCGUUCGAUGUUGCUGCCUCCACUCGUGGAGUAAAAGUUUUUCUUAAUGGCAAACGCCUGCCGAUUAAGAAUUUUAAGGACUAUGUUGAUUUGUGUCUUAAGGGAAAAGACGAUGAUGAUGGCAACCAACUCAAAUGUGUGUAUGAAGCCGUGAGCGAUCGGUGGGAGAUUGCAGUUGCUCCAUCAGACAAAGGGUUUCAGCAAGUUUCGUUUGUUAAUUCGAUUGCGACGACCAAAGGCGGGCGACAUGUCGAUUACAUUACAGAAAUCGUGUCGAAACAUUUGCAGGAGUUCAUUAAAAAGAAGAAUAAAAGUGGCGUGAACAUCAAACCUCAUCAGAUUAAGAAUCAUCUGUGGAUAUUCGUUAACUGUUUGAUCGUGAAUCCAACUUUCGAUUCUCAAACAAAGGAAAACAUGACCCUUCAAGCAAAAAGCUUUGGUUCCACCUGCAAACCUACUGAAAAGUUCUUCACUGCGCUCAACAAAUCAGGUGUCAUCGAAGGUGUAAUGCAGUGGGCCAAGUUCAAGGCACAAACUGAGCUGAAUAAGAACUGUAGCGGUAAAAAGCAUUCGAAGCUAAAGGGUAUUCCCAAACUGGAAGAUGCCAACAAUGCAGGCACGAGAUAUUCGAUCGACUGUACGCUCAUUUUGACGGAAGGAGAUUCAGCCAAGUCUUUGGCCGUCUCUGGUUUGGGUGUGGUUGGUCGUGAUAAAUUUGGUGUCUUCCCACUUAAGGGAAAGGUACUCAACGUCCGAGAGGCAACUCAUAAACAGAUUAUGGAGAAUGCUGAGAUCAAUAAUUUAAUCAAAAUUCUCGGACUUCAAUACAAGAAAAAAUACGAAACUAUUGAAGACCUCAAAACACUUCGUUACGGACGUUUGAUGAUCAUGACAGAUCAAGAUCAGGAUGGAUCCCAUAUCAAAGGCUUGCUGAUUAAUUUUUUGCACCACAACUGGCCAUCGCUUUUGCGUUUACCGUUCUUAGAAGAAUUUAUCACUCCCAUCGUGAAAGCCACAAAAGGAACUGGGACUUCGGCAAAAACAGAAAGCUUCUACUCGCUUCCCGAGUUUGAAGAGUGGAAGAGCAAAACGGAUAACUGGCCCACCUAUCGUAUCAAGUACUACAAAGGGUUGGGUACUUCAACCUCCCAAGAAGCCAAAGGUUACUUUUCCGACAUGCAGCGUCAUCGGAUUCUCUUCGAACAUGACGGCGAUCAGGAUGAUUACGCUAUUCUAAUGGCUUUUAGCAAGAAACACGUCGAACAGCGUAAAGAGUGGCUCACCUCUUGGAUGGAAGAAUGCAAACGACGCCGUGAACUAGGACUGCCCGAAUUGUAUCUUUACGAAAAAGACACAAAAAAAGUCAGCUAUCGUGAUUUCGUCAAUAAGGAGUUAGUUUUGUUCAGCAACAUGGAUAAUGAGCGUUCGAUUCCUUCAUUAAUGGAUGGUUUUAAACCUGGCCAACGCAAGGUUCUCUUCACUUGCAUCAAGAGAAAUGACAAAAAAGAAAUCAAGGUUGCCCAGUUAGCUGGUUCAGUGGCGGAACACUCAGCUUACCAUCACGGUGAAGCAUCUUUGAUGGGAACAAUCAUAGGUUUAGCUCAAGAUUUCGUGGGAUCCAACAACAUAAAUUUGUUGCUUCCCAACGGUCAGUUUGGUACUCGUCUACAGGGAGGAAAAGAUGCUGCGAGCCCUCGUUACAUCUUCACGUUGAUGAACAAAGUUACACGAGCUAUUUUUCAUCCGCAUGAUGAUCCUUUAUUGAAGCACCAGAUGGACGACAACCAACGCAUCGAACCUGAGUAUUAUGUUCCCAUCAUUCCCAUGAUCUUGGUUAACGGGACUGAUGGAAUCGGUACCGGUUGGAUGACGAAGAUUCUGAAUUACAAUCCUCAUGACAUCGUGGCUAACGUCAGACGGAUGUUAGAUGGCGAAGAACCAUUAGAAAUGGAUCCGUGGUUCAAGGGUUAUAGAGGAACAAUUGAAAGAAUUGAUCGGCAACGAUAUGUAAUCAGUGGUGAAGUGGCGGUCCUCAGUCCCUCGGAAGUAGAAAUUACGGAGCUUCCCCUCCGCGUUUGGACUCAAAAUUACAAAGAAUCCGUGAUGGAAACUCUGUUACAUGGUUCAGAGAAAACUCCACCGCUCAUUACCGAUUACAAGGAAUACCACACAGAUACAACUGUGCGCUUCGUUGUUUCCAUGGCUGAAGACAAGAUGCAACAAGCUGAAGCCGAGGGACUGCACAAGGCAUUUAAACUCCAGGCAACACACUCUUUAACAUCCAUGGUGUUAUACGACCCUAAUGGCUGCCUAAAGAUGUACGACUCUGUAGAAGAUAUCUUAAAAGAGUUCUUCACCGUGCGACUCGGCUUUUACGUCAAGAGGAAAGACUAUUUGUCUGGCGUACUCCAAGCUGAAUCAAAAAGACUUUCAAACCAGGCCAGAUUCAUCUGUGAAAAGUGUGACAAUGUCUUGAUUGUCGAGAACAAAAAGGCCAAAGUGUUAGUAGAGGAAUUGCGCCGCAGAAACUACGAUCCCGAUCCAGUACGUGUUUGGAAAAAGAAUCAAAAGAACAAUGUCAACGCAGAGGAGGAAGAGGAACAAGAAGCGAACGCGGAAAACGAAGAAGGUGCUGUAAAAAUCGGAGAUUAUGAUUAUUUGCUGGAUAUGCCCAUGCGUUCUCUGACUUAUGAAAAGAAAGAAGAACUUCUUAAAAAGAGGGAUAUCAAGAUGAAGGAAUAUGAUAUUCUCCUGAAGAAAACGCCGGCAGAUUUGUGGCGUGAAGAUCUUGAUAAUUUCCUAGUGCAACUACAGGAUCUAGAAAAUGCACAACAGGAGGAAGCGAAGGAAAACAAGAAGUCCGCUAAACUUCCUGUCGGAGCCAAAGGCAAGAAGAAGGCUUUGGCUGUCGAAGUUGCUCCUUCUCCUAAAGGUCGGCGAAUUGUUCCCGUUGUUGAUGCAGAAUUGCGAAAAAAGGCGGAGAAGGCAACCAUCGCCAAAGAGAAGAAAAAAGAGAGAGCACUAAAGAAAGAAAGCCCUGAAGUUGAGCGAGAUAGUUUCGAUGAUGCCCUGGAUGAAUCAAACAAGUCGUUGUCUGACAAACUGGGUCUAAGCCCGACAACCAAAGGAGGCAAAGGUAAGAAGGGAGCGAAGAAUGCGGAUGGUCUGAAACAGACUAAGUUGAAUUUCGCAUCCAACAAAUCCGCAGAGAAGGACGACGACAUUGAUGAAUUUGACAUGGCACUUGAAGAAGCCAAACCACUUAGGGAGAAAACGAUGCGCCGAGCUGCUGCUGCUGCUGCUAAAUUCGUCUUAGAUAGUGAUGAAGAGGAAGGAGAUGCUUCGGAUAAUGAUUCCGACCUCGUAAUUAGUGACUCAGACGAAGAUUUUGAUUUUGUCAAACCGAAAACUGCCACUAAGAAAAGAGCGAAGGGGCCUCCUAUCAGUUCAGAUGACGACAAUACUGCAGCUAAAAGGCAGAAAAAAGCAAACGCACCAAACGUGAGCUCCGAUGAUCUAUUUGACUCUUUAGUUCGCUCCUCACCAGUUAAAACAACUGUUGAAGCUGAAUCACAGUCGCCUCCAGAUAUCGUCAUGUUAGGGAGCGAUGAUGAUGCUAAACCCAAAGGCAGGGGUCGUGGAAAAGUAGCAAAAACUGAUGGGCCUGGCAAACCAAGGAAAGCGCCGGCCCCUAAAGCAGCUGCCGCCCCGAAAACAACCAAGACUGCCGCAUCGAAAGCAAAGCCCAAAGCUUCUUCUCCCAAAAAGAAGGCUUCCAAGGAUUCCGAUUCAGACGACAUGUUUGCUUCUAAAACACAAACAAAGAAAGCCAUUUCAUCAGACGGAAAUGAAGAUGAUAGCUUUGAUUUUAAGCCACGCGCAACCACUGGGCGAGCCAAGAAACCUGUCAAGUACGCAAAUCUUUCGAGUGACGAAGAUAUGUCUUCGUAAAUCCAUUUUUCCCGCCAAGAGCUAGCAUUCACGUUUUGAUACUCGAAACUGGUUGUUGCGCGAAUCACUUCUAGCCAAUAACCUCUGUAUGCGCUGUAUGUCAUUUAUAAUUCAAUUCCAUUUGGAUCACUAAAAUGCAAAGUAAAAUCUACCACUUGUCUGACGUUUA